AUGGAGAAGGUGAACAUUGAACCUUGUGUGAAGAUGGACACCCCAACCCUUGACCUUCUCAAGAUAAGAGAUGAUGUCACAUGGUAUCUAAGGAAGCUUGGCUUGAGCAAGCUAUUCAAGAUAGAGUGCAGCGAGUACUCAAUGCUAACAAAGGAGUUCCUCUCCACAGUAGCUCUUGCCUUUCCCAACCACAAUGGAGACCAACCAGCUGGUGAUGGACUCCUAUUCUUCAAGAUAGGCGAUGCCAAUGGGCGCAUCUCCAUCUCAGCUCUAUGCCAACUCUUUGGACUUCCCAAUGAGACAGCACAUGACUUCAAGGAGAACUCAAAGAGGAAACAAGCUGCCUUUGCUGAUUGGACACACUUUGCCAAUGAACCAUUCUUGCCUUCAAGAUCAAAGGUGUCUAGAAUCACUCAUCCAGCCAUUCGCUAUGUGCACCGCCUCAUCUCCACCACUUUCCAAUGCAAACAAGAAGCCAACAAGGUCACAACCGAUGAGUUCUACAUCCUCACCACGCCAUUCAUCAAGCAUGAGUACAAGGCCAACCUUGGCCUCUUGCUUGCCAAGACACUCAUCAAUGUGAGGAAUCUAGCUAAAGACUUGGAAGGCAACAAGAAGCUUUGUGUGCGCUUUGGGAGACUCAUCACAGCCAUAGUGAAACAUGUGGGGAUUGACAUUCCCAACUAUGAGCCACUACCCAAGCCAAUCCCUUUGGAUCUCCAUGCUCUUCAGCAAAUCCACUUCCUAAACCGUUGGACUAAAGACCCAACUAGGUUUUGCUAUGAGUUUCCAAUUGGACCAACCAACACUUCGCUUGUCUUGCUGCCACAUGAAGAUAUCCCAAGCCUACGCUCAGCGCGCAGUCAAACUCAACGCCGCCACCAAGAACGCCAUGUUCUCACUACUGGCAUGGCCGCGCACCAAGCUCUAGACCGUGUGAGCAAGCUGGAGAAGAUCGUGGAAUGCCAAUCUCGCUUCAUCUCACGCCUAGUUCGUGUAGUUCGCCACAUUGCACCGGAGAGACUCUUUCGCCCUUCUUCCACCGCUAGAGAACCAUAUGAGCCUGACCUUGGUGAGUUCUCACUAGACUCAGAGCUUGGUUCAGAAGGCGAUGACCCCAUAGAAGAGGAAGAGAGUUCUUCUCACUGCCACACAUAG